AUGAUGGACAGAGGUGAUGGACCAAUUGGUAGUCUCCCUGAACAUCUCCUUGUAGAAAUAUUGACUCGGUUACCAACCCACGAGUGGGUCCAAAUAUCAUGUGUCAGCAAGCACUGGGCAAGCAUGUUCCGAGGAGAAUACUUGUGGCAAACCGCUAUUGCAAGGAAAUGGCCAUCCGCUGGUUUCCGGAAACGCUGGCCUGGGCCAAUUCCCAGAGGCUCUGCUAGGAGAAGAUUCCAAGCACUUUAUGUCAGCGAGAACCUUGUACCAUCUGGUGGGGAGAUUGACGAGCUUGUUGGUCACACAUAUCUCUAUUUAAAAGAACAGCUUGAGCGUGUUGCCAUUCCUCCAUCCAGCAUACUUCAUGGCACCAUCAUUGAUCAGUUCAUUGCUUGUGGUAGGACAGGAGAAAAGGCCCAUGAACUUGCUUCAAAUAUAUGGAUUGCAGUCAUUGACAAUUUGGAAGAAAACCAGCAGACAUUCAUGCUCUUAAAACACCUAGCGCAAGAAGGAGAUUUUUUCCUUCCAUUUCCAUAUUCGAGGUCGUAUAAAGUACUGUGGAGGGUGUUUGACAAGCUGUUCACCGACUUCCGUGACUGUUUCAGCGGGGGAGAUUACCAUGAGGCGCUAGCGGGUGCCAAGUCUAGGAGCUACCCUUAUGUAACAUCGGAGUGCCCGCUGCAGCUCCUUGAGCAGACCCGGGAAAGCUACAAAGCCCAUGUCACCGCGGUGCUACCUCCGGACGUGGUGGAUCCGGAGGAGGACGAGGAGGACAUGGAGCAGGAGGAGGACGAGGUGGACGCGAGGGCCGCGGAUCUGUAG